UGAGCCGAGUCGGAAUCUCGAAACUCGCAACUUGGUUAUCUUGUGGCAGCCCGCUAGUCCCCAGAGCCUGUCGCGCGGACGGAUUCCAGAAAGGACUCUUCCUCGGGAUCUUGGAGUUUCGCCAUGUCUCAACAGUACAACAGCAUCACAUCAUUGUACAUGAAGCGCCGCCUCAGCAGCAAGCAUGUUUUGGAGAAGAAGACGGUCAAAUCUAUCGUGGGUCCGUACAUCAAGGGCGCAAAAGUCCUUGAACUUGCGUGUGGCUUUGGAUUCUAUACCUACGACCUCGUAGACUGGGGCGCUGACUCCAUUGUUGGAGUCGACGUAUCGUCAGGUAUGUUGGAGGCAUCCCGCUGUCUUGCGAUAUCCCAUGGACGACAAAUUUCGAAAGUUCAACUCGAGCUGGGCAACGUGUUCGAGCCGACAGCUUAUCCCAAUGGACCCUUUGACAUCGUGUUCGGUGGCUGGAUGCUCAAUUACGCACCUGAUCUAGAGACCUUGACCCAGACCUUCCGAAAUAUCAAUCUGAACCUCAGGCCAGGUGGUUUGUUCGUUGGCAUCACGUGUCCGCCAGCGAAAGACCCCGAAUCCUGGUUCUCUGCCGGUGACAUGUCCCUCGGUGAACCGUCGCUGAUCGCGCAGCUCGUCGAGAGAGUUGACGACGGGAUCAAGCUUCGGAUCAAGCUGCGAAAUGACGGGGACGAUGGCUUCGAAUGCUACUACCUCAGGCAGGAUGUUCAUGAGGUUGCCGCAAAAGCAGCCGGGCUGUCAGGUCAGAUCCAAUGGAAGACGACGAAAGAACUGAAUCACCAUGAUCUCGUGGACGACGGCUCUCCGGAGCGCAAGCGAUUCAUCGAGGAAAUGGCGGAGAAUUGGUUCUCAGCCGUGGUGAUUUCCGAACGACCAAUGAAGUGAGAACGGGGAGGUUUCCGUUUCCAAAAGCGGAACUAUCGCACAAGCCCGCGAUGCGCACUCAUCCGCGGCAGAGCCGGCGAUGUGCGGGAUUCUUUUGCUGCAACGUCAAUAAAGUAGUCGACAUA